GUUGUUGUUCACUUUGAAUAAUUACUAUUUGAAUGUAUUUUCUGAUACGAGGUGAUAUAAACAGAUAAGCUAGAGAUAAAUCGACGCAGUUGCAAUUGUAUCACAAGAUGCUGAGGUAUAGUUUAAUCGUUGCUGUUUGCGAAAGCUUUGGCAUUGGCUUCAAGGGCGAUCUGCCUUGGCAUAUCAAAUCGGAGCUUAAGUAUUUUAGCAGUACCACAAAGCGAGUCUGUGAUCCUGCGAAGCGUAAUGUCGCUAUUAUGGGCCGUAAGACCUAUUUCGGUAUUCCUGCCAGUAAGCGUCCACUGCCCGAGCGUCUAAAUAUCGUGCUAAGCACGACAUUGACUCCCGAAGAUUUGCCGGCAGAUGUAUUGCUUUGCAAUAAUCUGGAAGCAGCAAUGCAGAAGAUGGAAAGCAAGGAGUAUCGUGACCAGAUCGAGAACGUCUGGAUUGUAGGCGGCAGUGGUGUCUAUGCUGAGGCAAUGGAUUCACCGCGUUGCCAUCGCUUGUACUUAACCAAAGUGCAAGGUCAGUUCGAGUGUGACACCUUCUUUCCCAAAAUACCGCAAGGCUUCCGGGAGGUGCCACUCGAGGGCGACACGCCACAGGGUGUACAGGAGGAGAACGGCAUUAAGUACGAGUACAAGAUUCUAGAAAAACAAUAAACAAGAAGCAAUACUUUAUUUGUCACUGCCA